AUGCCUUCUGUACUUCCCAAAGACACCGACGGUCGGCCUUUUGUGGCUUGCAUCAUCGAUGGCCAGCCCCUCGCCAAGUCUCACCGACCAUACAUUCCGAUCUUCUCUUCCCAGAAACAGGAGACUGUUCAUUUCAGCCAGUCUGUCGAAGCCAGCACCGCUGUCUUGGCUGUUGAGUCCUCAUGGAAAGCUUUCCAAACUUACCGGAAGACUCCUACCGAUGAAAGACGCCGCUUGUUGACUAAAGCUGCAGAGCUCUUUGACAGUGGAAUCAGCGAUGCAAUGCACCGACAGAUGACUGAAACCAGUUGCAACGAGGAUUGGGCAAAGAUGAAUGCUGGCAGCAUGUCUGUUAUUUGUCAAGAGUUGGCCGCUGCCUUGGAGGACCCCUCGGAUCCGGCUCACGAUGAACGGAGCAUCGUGGUGAGAGAGCCGAUUGGACCGGUUCUAUCCAUCAUUCCGUGGAACGGCGCGCUGCUGCUCGCUGUCCGCGCCGUGGCGACCGCCCUAGCUGCUGGCUGCACCGUGAUUCUCAAGGCCUCAGAGAUGUGCCCCUGGACACAUCAGUUUGUGGCAGAAACCUUUCUCGAAGCCGGAUUUCCAAAGGGCUCUGUUAAUCUCAUUGUGUCAUCGCGUGGAACAGCAGCAGAAAUCACCGAGACCGUCAUCUCGCAUCCCCACCUGCGCAAGAUUGAGUUCAUCGGAAGUCCAGUGGUAGGCAAAUCUAUUGGGGCCAUGGCAGCAAAGUACCUGAAGCCUACGAUCAUGGAGCUUGGGGACCAGAGUCCUCUUGUUGUCCUUGAGGAUGCUGAUUUGUCCAAGGCAGCCCAAGCCUGUGCCCAGGGGGCGACGCUGCUUCAUGGCCAGGUAUGUUUCUCAACAGAACGAAUUAUCGUUGUUUCGUCGGUCAAGGACAAGUUCUACUCUCUCCUCACUGAGGCCAUCAAUUCCUUGCCCUCGGCUGGUUUUGCAGUUUCCAAUACCUUUGCCGAUAAAGCAUAUGUGGCAGUCCAAGAUGCAUUGUCACAGGGAGCAAGAGUUGUCGCCGGCAGCUCCCAGCGGCUUGGUCCGGCAUCAAUGGCAUCAUCCAUCUUGGCCGAUGUACCACGGGAGUCAAUCUUGUCAAGCCAGGAGGGCUUCGCACCUACAGCCUUUGUUGUUGAAGUCGAGAACGAUGAAGAAGCUAUUGCCGAAGCAAACUCGCGAGAGGGAGGCAUGUCGGCGGCGAUCUUUACGAGCAACCGAGAACGGGCCAUUGCCCUAGCCAAAGAGCUGGAAUUCGGAAUGGUUCAGAUCAACGAUAUGACCUUGGCUAUCAAGCCGAGUAUCAAGGGGCCCGCAACUUGUACCAAGGGUAGUGGAUGGGGUUGUGCUGGUGGGAAAUAUGGAAUCGAAGAGUUUAUUCACUACAAGGCUAUCACUUUUGGAGAUUAG